AUGAAAUGGUCUAAAUAUUCUUUUUCAUUGUCUUAUUUUAAUUUAACAUUUAACAGAGCUCAAAGUUUCAACAUUAAUGAUGUAUCAAAUAAUCAAACGAAUAAUUUGAAACUAUCUGGUGAACAUCUCAAUGAACAUUCACCAAAAACAAAUGAUCCAACUGGAGGAUUUCUAUCAAAUCAUUCAUCAAUGUCUAAUCAUAGUAAUCGUAUGAGCGCAUUAUUUUGGCCUGGACAACAACAAUCGAAUCAACUUAUAGAUGAAAAUUCUCCAACAAAUAAUGAUAAUUUAAUUAUUGGUUCUAAUCCUGGAUAUAGUGGUCAUUCGAAUUCACUAGAUAUGAAUCCAAUUGAACCAAGUGUAUUACAUUCAGUGAAUGCUGUUUCCGCAGCAGCCGCUUCUUCAUGGUAUGGUGUUGCGGCAGCAGCCGCUGUUGCUAAUGACCCACGUCUAAAUAAUGAAUAUAAUGAAUAUGUUUCACGUUUAAUGGGUGUUACAAAUGCUGCUAUGGCUUGCAGUUAUCCAGGACAUUUAAGUCCAUCUAGUUUCAGUGGGACAUAUGGUUUAUUAAAUAAUAAUAGUAAUAACAUUACUGGUCACAAUUUCAAUGAAUUUUCAAAUCCUCAUUUUAUCACAAGAACACGUAAUACUAGUCCACGAUCGUCUUCAUCAUCAACUUCAGCAGUACUUAGUGGAACAACUAAUAUGCCAAUGCCUACUGGAACAGGACCAUACAACUCUUCUAAUAAUAACAAUAGUAAUAAUGGGAGAUUUACACGAGGAAGAUAUUCAAAUAAUCUACUAUGUCAUUCACCACCAAAUACAACACAGUUAAAUCAUCGUAUCGAUUCAGUAGAUUAUCAGAAUUCAUCAGUAAAUACAUUUCAAAUGAAUAAUAGUAAUAUUAACAAUAUGACCAGCAUUAAUAAUAGUAAUACUGCUGCAAUGUUAGCGUAUGAAAAGCAUCAAAAAGCUGUUGCCGUUGCCGCUGCCGCCGCUGCGGCUGUUGCAGCCAACAGUGGGAGUUGUAGCAAUGGGAAUAUUCAUUCGCAAAUGAAUCAGUAUUCAUUCAAUUCUCCAUUAAAUUCACAAUUAUAUCAUCAUCAACAUCCACAUCAACAUUCUCUUCCUCAACAUCAUCAUCAAUUACAACGUAUUCAAGGACAAACAGGUUGUGUGAGUAACAGUCAUAAUGGUGAUACAAAUGAUUCUAUUGGGCCUGGUGGUAACGGUGAUGGAAGUGUAUCAGUCGCAGCGGCAGCGGCAGCUGCAGUAGCUAUGCAUUCAUUACAUAAUGCUGCCGCUGUCGCAGUUGGACAUACUGGACAUUCAAUUGGUGUACAUACAACUACAAACAAUUUUCGCGGUUUAUCACAACGUCGUAAACGUCGUGUAUUAUUUACACAAGCUCAAGUUUAUGAAUUAGAACGACGUUUUAAACAACAGAAAUAUUUAUCUGCACCAGAAAGAGAACAUUUAUCACAAUUGAUUAAUUUAACACCGACACAAGUGAAAAUAUGGUUUCAAAAUCAUCGUUAUAAAUGUAAACGUGCACAAAAAGAUAAAGAGACUUCAUCAAUCAGUGAUCAUCAUUCGACUACAGCAAACACAAUGGAUUUAAGAAAUGAUUCAAUCAAUUCAAAUCAUUUAUCUAUACAAAAUACUACAUCAUCAAUAGCAACAACACUAUUCAAUCGUAGAUUAACACAGGAUUUAUUAGAUAAUCGUUUAUUAUCAUCGAGUACUAAUAUAAAUGUUAUAAAUAAUCGUAAGCUGAAUCAGACCAACAUAACUGAUCAUCAUUCAAUCGGUUCAGAUUUAUCAAAUUGUUCAGAAUCAUUAUCUAUUGAAGAAUAUCACAAUGAUAAUCAUCCUUCUCAUUUGAUGCAAACAAUAAAUAAUGAAAAAAUGCAACUACAUAGUUCUGAUUUUAUACAAAAAUCAAGACAAACAUGCAUUACUGAUACUGAUUGCAUUUCAUCGUCAUUACGUUGUAAUGAUGAUAGAAAUGAAGUAAAUUUGACAAAAAAUUCAAUUAUGAUGGCACAAUCACAAAAUCAACUUCAUUCACAUCAAUUAAUAAAUGAUACACCGACUGGAUUUUUUGGUUAUAAUGAUUUAUUAUUGAAUCCUAAUAAUUAUACAUUAAAACAAGGCAGAUCAAUGUUCAAUUAUGCAACAAAUCAUUUAUCUUCAACACCGAUACCUUUACCAUCUAAUCUUCAAUCAUCAUAUGAAAAUGGACGCAAUGAAAGCAUAUCACCAAGAAGUAAACUGUCAGAAUUAAAUAAUCCUACUCAUCAAAUGAAUACAGGUAACUAUAUAAAUAAUCCAUUUACAAACUAUCCAUUUGUACCAAAUACAAAUUAUUAUACAAAUUAUAAUACAUCACCAUCGUAUUUACAGAACUUCCUAGCUGGAACACAUCGCACCAGCAAUAAUGGCAAUAACAUUAAUAAUUCGGCUACCGGUUCUUGUUUAGUCGAUUCCAGCCCUCCAACCGAUGAUAUAAAUGAUAAUGUUCAUAAUCAAAAUAAUAAUAAUAAUGAAAGUGUAAUUGAAUCUAACUCGAUUGAUACAAAGAAAUCAUUGAAUUUACCCAUAACAACUAUAUCAUCAUCACCAAUAUCAGCAGCAACAUCGUCAUCAUCAUCAUCAUCAUCAACCGGUUCAUUGGUACUUGCCACUUCUUCAUUAAAUUCACAUACAGAUUUCAAUAAAACAUCAUCAAUAUUUCAAUCAAUACGAUCAACAACACCAAAUCAUAUAAAAAAUUAUUCAAUUACACCUACAAUCACCGAAACCAUAAAUAAUAAUGUCAAUUGUACAACAAAUGAUCGAUUAAACAUUGAACGACAUAAAUAUUCAAUGAAAUCUAAUGAAACUGAAAAACAAAUUUUAAAUAAUCAUCCAGAAGAGUUAAUUGAACCAAUUGAUGAUUGUAUUACUUAUAAAUCAUUAAUUUCUUUAGAUAAUGACAAUACUACUAUUAAUACAACUGCUACAACUAAUAAUAAUAGAAAUAAUCAUAAUCGAUAUUCUGAUUUCACAUCAUUUAUUACAGGUAGUUUAUCAAGAACAUAA